UAUUUGAUGUAUAUAUUAUUCGGUUUUCCUCCAAAAUCACAGGUUAUAAGUGAUUUUGUUAGCAGUUGGAUUCGAGUCACACAUCCCCUUGUAAAUGCAAUUUAUACUGAUGAUGGAAAACAACAAUUAAAGCCCUUCAAAUUUACGAUAAAUGACUUUGAUGCUUACAACAUGAAACGGGAGCGAUGGUAUCUAUCUACUCUUGGGCAGGCCUUUACACCAGACGAACAAACACUUGCUGAUAUGGACCGCGUUUUUAACAAAUUGUGCGUGACUGGAUAUCAACCACCACCUUCUCGCUGGAACGAAAAUAAUUAUCACAGCCGCCGGGAGUCGGCACUCGGCAGUCCGUUCUGUACUGUCAAUGCUGAAAAUAAUAUUUUAUUAUAUGGAAUAGCGAUACCGCGGACAGCAGAGCACCGACAUAUUUUUUCAAUGUUUUCAAUACAAUUCAAGAAGGUAAAGAAGAGACCUCGGCCGCCGCUGGUGUCCACCGUACAGUCAAGGUUAAGAUGGUUAUUGAUGUAACUAAAAUCAGAACUAGCAACACUGGCCAAUACGUACACUCAGAGCGUUAGUUGAGCGUAUGGUCACGCCAAACCAAACUACAAAAUUAUUAUUUUACUAUCACAAAACACUUACUUGUGGUACCGGGACAUAUUAUGACAACCCUAAAUUGUUGAGGCUCAAAGGUUAAACGAUAAAUAAUAAAUAAUAAUAUAAAUAUAUGGGUGACUUCCAAUCAUCUUGUAUUUAAAUAAUCUUGAAAUUCCCUCGUUACCAAUUCUUUGUAUAGGCUUUUAAAAUGUAAUUACUAAUUACAUUGUUAUAAUUAGGGUUCGGAAGUUAUAGGAGUUGCAUAUUGUUCUGUAUGCUGUAUGUGACCACUUACCAUCAAUAUCUAUACUUUAGACUAACCUUCGUACUAUAGCUCGCAGGUAUGGUAGGUAUGGUAGCUCGGGGUACUUUCUAUGAUCUGUGAAAGUUUCAAGAUGAUCGGUCGAAGGGUUGGUUUUAUACGAUUUUCCAAAGGACGUUUAGCUAUUGCCGUGUGAAUACGGCGACUAUUAACUAGCUGAACCACAGCCACGGUUAUGAUUACAUUAUUAUUAUUGUUUUCCUUUUUUUUUUUUUUUUUAACCUAAAUAACACGUUUUCGAAAAAUUAAAAUAAUAGAACGUAUGCAGAUCCCCACGGAGAACAAUUUAAUCUCUAUUGGUUUUCGUCAUAUCUCCCACGGUUUUCCCGGGAAACAGCUCGUAAACGUGAUUUUCCGAAUCACGAAAUUGUCAGUUUUCAUUCGCGUUUUCACGGUAAACCGAUGGCCGAACCAACAUCAGAACACACACAACAAUUUCAUAUGAAACAUGUCAUACGUUAAGACAUUUAAUCAAUAAAUAAAAUUAAAAACCAAAAAAAAAUCAUACGAUAUCUCCCAAAAUAUGGUAAUUCGCCAUGAAUUAAUUUUCAGUAUAAGGCUGUAAAAAGCUUUCAACACGAGACAUCUGUUUGAUAUCACUUUUUUUCUGAUACAUCAGAAAACAUUGAAUUUACAUCAAUUAACGAGUAGGACAUGGGCAUAGGUUGUCACGGCCAUCUGCAGCCAAUGACUUGUUCCCAUGGGGAGGUUGGCUAAUAAUUGGCUUCUCUUUAGGGCUGCAUGUUACUUGCGUCCCAAAAAAAAAUAUAUUUUUCAGGUAGUAAAUUUGACCGGUAAGUUUCGUCCCGUUUUGGGGGACGUAAGUCAGCCAUAUUAUUAUCAUCGAUAUUAUCUUCAAAAAUCAUUAAAAUCGAUAGUAUCGUGUCACUAAAAUCGAUAAUUCAUAAAUUGUACUGUAAUAGUAUAUUAUAUUAAUAACUUAAUUAAUACAUAUGUCUUAAUUAAUAGCGUUAAUACUCAAAAGAAAGAUUAUAGAAAAAAAAAACAUUUAAAAUUAGAUUACUUAAAUAAACAAAUUGAAAGUUUUAAAAAAACGAUAUUUCACCAUUAAAUUUUAUAAUUAACGUUUCAUUUAAAUUUCAACCAAUAUAAUAAUUCAUAACAUAUGAUUUUUUUAUUAUUUUUUAUUAUAUUAUACUAUAUUUAUUAUGACAAAAUGUAUACAGCUUUGUAAGUGGUACGAGAGCAUUCCGGAGUGAAUUAACUAUCGUUCUGUAGGGUUUUUGAAAAGAGGAAGUCCAAAAAACGACCGUCCGAUAUCACAUAAACUUAUAAUAAUGAUGAAUAUGAUAAUUUGGAAAAUCACGUUUACGAGCUGUUUGCCGGGAAAACCGUGGGAGAUAUGACGAAAACCAAUAGAGAUUAAAUUGUUGUCCUUAGGGAUCUGCAUAAGUUCUAUUAUUUAGAUUUUUCGAAAACGUGUUAUUUAGGUUUUUUAAAAACAUCGUAUACGUCAAACGCCAUUUAAAAAAUAAAAGUUUUAAAUAAUGACAUUAUAAUUAUCAUAGUUCUAUAAAUCUCAAAUAGA